UCUUCUCCAAAAUCCCAAGAAGUUGAUUAUAGCGGGAAACAAGUGGCAAGGAAGACGAUAUCCUGGUCGGUCUUCGUGGCUAAACAUAAGUGUUUCAAAAAAAAAACUAAAAAAAAACACUCCUUAUGUUGUGCCGAUUAAUUUUGACGGUCCAAUAAGCCCAAAAAACUCUCUCCACCAUGUCCCAACUCUCUCUUUCGCGCCUCCUCUAACUCACGCGCAUUUUAGCAACCCCCUCUCCCCCAUGUUUAUCCUGCGCCGACCCCACCUCGCGCGCCAUCUCCGCAACAACCGCGUCGCAUCCGUCGUCUCCGCCGCCGCAGUACGCCAGGACGCCACUCUCUGGACCCCUGCUCCUCUCUCUCUAGUCGAAUCUGCUGCCGAAUCGCUUUUCCACAUCUCGAUCGACAUUUCUAACUCCCCGGAUCUCGUGGAUUCCUACACCCGACCCGGGCAGUAUCUCCAGCUCCGUGUUCCUGAUGUCGUGAAGCCUUCUUUCUUAGCGAUCGCUUCUCCUCCUUCCUUCGCGGCUGCGAAUGGCGCGUUUGAGUUUUUGGUGAAGAGCAUCGCUGGAUCAACGGCGGAGAUUCUAUGCGGGUUGAAGAGAGGGGAGACGGUGGAGCUUAGUCAUGUGAUGGGUAAUGGUUUCGAUGUUGAUCAGAUUGAUUCUCCUGAGGAGUAUCCCACGGUUUUGAUUUUUGCCACUGGAUCUGGAAUUAGUCCUAUCCGCUCACUUAUUGAGACAGGAUUUGGCGCUGAUAGAAGAUCUGAUGUAAGACUCUAUUACGGGGCUAGGAACCUUAAACGAAUGGCUUAUCAGGAAAAGUUUAAAGAGUGGGAAUCAUCAGGUGUCAAAGUUGUGCCGGUAUUAUCACAGCCAGAUAAUGGGUGGAGAGGGGAAACCGGAUAUGUGCAGGCUGCUUUUGCGAGGGCUAAACAAGUUUCAGAUUCCUCUGCCACGGGAGUAGUGCUGUGCGGACAGAGACAAAUGGCUGAGGAGAUAACAUCAAUGCUUGUAGCGGAUGGAGUCUCAAAUGACAAGAUCCUCAAAAACUUUUGACAGAUAUAAGAUUAUUCUUUGCUACCAAAGCCCCCACUAAUUCAUACACAGAUCUAAGUUUUUGUAAUCCCUUAAGAUUAAUGAUAUUUGUAUUGUUUAUUUGUUUGUCACCACAACAAUUCUUCCUAAUGACUUUUUGUCAAGGUGGAAAAGUAUAAUGUAUUGAGUUUUCUACAUACA